AUGGGCUGGUGUCGCCGAAUUGUUGAGACUUUGCUUGGUUCAUGCAGACUUUAUGCCUUCGAAGUGGCCGGAGAGCCGCAGGCUGGCCUGACUGGAACAGCGGUCAGAGGUGACGACUACGUGCGCCCUCGUCGCCGGUACAAAUUGUCUUCUGCCGAAUGCAUAAGGCAACAUUGGCCUCGGCUGUGGUUGAGCUAUCGUAACGAGCGGGUGGACAAAGUCGCCUGUUGA